CGUUUUGCGUGGAAUCGGCUAAUGUUCCUUUUUACAGUAACAGUGUAUUGAAGACACGUGGUUACGAUUGUAAUCAUCGAAUCUAAGGCGAAUUACCGAGCAAAUCAGGAUGCCGUUGGCCAGAGACUUCCUCCAUCCAAGUCCCAUUGAGGAAAAGAGGAAACACAAACUGAAGAGGCUUGUCCAAAAGCCCAACAGUUAUUUCAUGGAUGUAAAAUGUCCAGGUUGCUAUGCUAUCAAAACCAUCUUCUCACAUGCCCAAAGGCCGGUAGAAUGUGAUGGAUGCCGCACAAUUCUUUGCACUCCAACAGGAGGAAAAGCAAGAUUAACAGAAGGUUGUUCUUUUAGAAGAAAAGUACAGUGCUAAUCUUGUGUAAUGUAUUCUUCUCUUUAUAUUCGAUAAAUAAAUACAAUCACAUUGUAUAUUAUA